AUGACUGGCAUAGCUAAUACUUCUUCAACUCUUCCUCAGGGGCCCCCCGCUCCCACCGCCUCUGCCUCUGCUAAGCAGCUGGAGCGGCGUUCAUUUACCCCGCUUCUUCCUUCUGUAUUUUCAUCGAGUUGCGUGAAGACAGUGCGAGUAGAAGGAGAGAGUCUUUUAAAUAAACAAGACAAAGAAAUGAAUGCUCCUUUUGCUGUAUCGGCAGAGGACGCAAGCAUUCUUCGUAGUCUGUUCCCUCAUACAAUAGAUACUCCUUUUGUGCAGGUUGUACCUGCACGUACACCUGAAGAAGGGGCAUUAAAUAAUAAUAAUAAACCUUUAAAUGUAGGAGUUGUGCUCAGUGGAGGUCAAGCAGCUGGAGGGCAUAAUGUUAUCUGCGGUGUCUUCGAUUUCAUCAAUCGUGUACACCCGAAGUCUGUCUUAUACGGCUUCUUAGGAGGCCCUCAUGGUGUAUACACAGGAGAAUAUAAAGUUCUAACAAAAGAUAUUAUUGAUAAAUAUAGAAAUAUGGGUGGAUUCGAUAUGAUUAAAAGCGGGAGACAUAAAAUUGAAGCAGAUGCACAAAAGCAAGCUUCACUUGAGGUUUGCAAGAAGCUGCAGCUGGACGGACUUGUCGUUAUAGGAGGAGAUGACUCGAACACGAAUGCAGCAAUUCUAGCAGAAUAUUUUCAAGCAUAUGGAAGCACCACCCGCGUUAUCGGCUGCCCUAAGACAAUAGACGGGGACUUGAAGAAUUAUUUUGUCGAAAUAUCCUUCGGUUUUGAUACGGCCUGUCGCUCUUACUCCUGCUCUAUCGGCAACCUUAUGAUGCAAACCCUCACAAAUCGAAAUGUCUACCAGUUCAUCAGGCUGAUGGGACGAAGCGCUUCUCUGCUUACGUUAGAAUGUGCAUUGCGAUCCCACCCUAAUAUGACAUUCGUCGGAGAAGAAGUUCAGGCGAAGAAACAAUCACUAAAACAACUCGUUGCAAUGACUGCUGAUUUAGUAGAAGCGCGCGCUAAACUAGGAAAGCUGUACGGCGUCAUUCUGCUUCCUGAGGGUCUUAUUGAAUUUAUCCCGGAGGUCGGAGUUCUAAUCCAAGAAAUUAAUAACAUCGUCGCAGCUGGAGAAUUUGACAGAGCAAAAUUAACUCCUGCAAGUCGUGAAGUCCUCGACAUGCUGCCUUCACACACUCAGCAGCAGCUUCUUCUCGACAGAGACCCGCACGGAAAUGUGCAGGUAGCUUUGAUUCAUACAGAGCAGCUGCUGCUGGAACUCACAACCGAAGAACUACGACGCCGCGGCUUUAAGCAUCCUUUCAACGGGCGCUGCACAUAUCUAGGAUAUGAAGGGCGCAGCGGCUUCCCCAGCGACUUCGAUGCGACAUAUUGCUACGCCUUAGGCAAUGUAGCAGGGGCUUUGAUUCAGAAUAAUGUGACGAGCUGCAUGGCUGUACUGAAGGGUAUGAGCUGCAGCACCGACGUAAAGAGUUGGCUUCCUGCAGGCAUUCCUUUGACUCGGAUGAUGAAUUUAGAAAAUCGCAAAGGCAAAGCAAACGUCCCCGUCAUCAAAAAAUUCUUAGUAGAUAUCGAUAAGCCUCUCUUCAAAGCAUUUGAACAAGUUCGCGAGGCGUGGAAGCUGUUAGAUUUAUACUUAGUGCCUGGGCCCAUGCAGUUAAACACCAGCAGCUUAGAGAUGCCCUAUACAUUGACAGGACCCCCUGCAAUAGAGAAGCUGCUGCCAGCAGCAGCAGCAGCAGCACUUAAAGACCCCACACAGCUGCAGAAGGGACACCGCCUUUACUUCGAUUUGCUGCAGCAACUGCAGUCGCCCCUGCAGCAGCAGAGGGAAGCUGCUGCUGUUGAGGUGCCGCAGCAGCUGCAGCAGCAAGGAGUAGUGCUGCAGCCAGGCAACUUGGUGGACCUGUUGCAGCAGCAGCAGCAGCAGCAGCAGCUGAAGCAGAUCUUCCCUAAGACAGCAAAUGCACAAGCAGGUCUUUAUACUUUUGCAGCAGCAACUAGCGAAGCAAAGAAGGUUGGUCUUGUGUUAGUAGGCGAUGCAACCCCAGGGAUGACGAACGUUGUUAUCGGCAUUGUUGAGAAAGUGCGUGGAGCUGGAGGCGAAGUGUUUGGCGUAUUGAACGGAAAAGACUUUGAAAAUUUGAAUAUAUGCGAAGCAGACAUAAAACGACAAAAAAAUCAAAGUGCGCUGCCGCUGCUGGGGAGGACAGUCUCAGAGGAGCAUCAGCUCAUAGCACCUGGAGGUCUGCUUAGCAGCAACACGCGCGGCUUAGAUAUAUUAGUUGUGAUAGGGGGUAGCUUGGCUGGAAGCGCAGCACUAGCAGAAGAAUUAUCAAAGAGAGGAGAGCAUAUAGUUGUUUUAAAUGUCUGCGGCGCCAGCGACUUCUGCAUGCAAGACCCUUCAUCGUUUAUGCAGCAGCUGCAGCAGCAGCUCUCUUCUUCUUCUCUUACAUUCAGCGCAAACCAAAACACUGCAUGCAGCACAGCUCGUGCAUGCAUUACAGAUGCCUCAGGAGCAGCAGCACUCGGCUUCGACACGCAAACAAAAGCAGCAGCAGAACUCGUUGGCAACCUGAUGACAGACAGCAACAGCGCAACGAAAUAUUUUUAUUUCUGCGGAGUUGGAGGCGGCAGAGGCGCUGAGGCGGAGGUCGCAGUUCAAACGCAUCCAAACUGUGUUAUUUUAUCUGCUGCAUGUGCUGAUCUGACUCCUCUUCAGAUUGCAGAGAAAAUUGCGGAUUGUGUGGCAGCGCGCUGCGCAGAGAAGAAAAACUUCGGCGUGUUGCUGAUGAACGAAGAUUUGUUCAUCACCAACAAAGCGCUCAGAGCUGUUGGCGUUGCUCUUUCUAUGAACGGUGGAAACGCAGCAGCUCUUUCAGGGGCGGCAGCUGCAGUAUUUAAGACAAUUCCGAAGACAUAUCAAGAGAAAUUCGUCGAAAUAUUCAAAACCCCAGGCAGUUUCCCUCAAAAAGCCGCCAGUUUCCCUCUUAUAAGCUGCCUUGCUGCUAUGGUCUCAGAUGUGCUGAAAGGCAGAAAGGCCGCCGGUACUUUCAGCGGUAGUUUUGCGCCAAUUUGCUUCGAUUUGUCUGACCAGGUGCGGGGGUCAAUGCCUUCCGCGUACGACUGCAGCGUUGGGUAUACACUUGGAUUGAUGUGCGGAUCUCUCGCUGUUUCUCCUUGUCUGAAGCAGCUCCCCAGUGCUGCAGUAAUGAUAAGCAAUCCGAGCGCUCCCGUGGCUUCUUUCUCUCCUCUCGUCGUUCCGCUGUCUGCAGCAGCAAUCGCCUGCGGUCUCAGCGUGAAGGCCGGAGCAGCAGCAGCAGGUCUCCAGCUUGAGGGAGUUGCUGCUUCGGGUGUAUUUGAUGUGCAGCUGCAGACGCCAACACAGGCUGCAGCAGCUGCUGCUCUUAGCGCAGAUAUUCAGAAGGAAUUCUUGCUGAACGACACCUAUCUAAACAGCGGGCCGCUGCAGUUUGCAGCUGCAGCAGGAGCAGCAGACACAGACAGAGUCUGCAACUUCUUGCUUAGCGCUAAGAAUUAA